AUGGGGGAUAGUGAGACAGUUGUUGCUCAAACAUCUGCAGUGAUGGGAUAUACAUCAGCAGGAUAUACCACUACGGGCUACACUGAUGCCAACUCAAAUAUUGCUCCUGAUACUGGUGCCUUGCAUUCUAAAGAGACCACAGAGUUUUCUACUUCUGCUGCUCCGGCAGAUGCAUAUUCUGCGGAUCCCAAUUCUCUCAUUCAACAAUCAGAUAGUUACACGACAUACGAGACUAAACCAUCUGUUGGAGUGACAGAUGCUGGUGGGAAUGUUGCUGGUAAUGAAAAUGAUGCCAUGGAGUCAUCUCAUGCUGCUAGUUAUGAUUCUUCUGUGAAUGGUGUUGCUGCUUCCGGAACAGGAACUGUUUCAUCUGUUGAUAAUGGAGAUGCUACAGAUAAUGUGGCCGGAUCUGUUGAUGUUCAACAAUUUGGAGAUGGUUCUGCUAUGUCUGCUGAAGAAGAUAGACUCUGGAACAUUGUGAGAGCUGAUUCCUUGGAUUUUAAUGCCUGGACUGCUUUAAUUGAAGAGACAGAGAAAGUUGCAGAGGAUAACAUACUGAAAAUUCAAAAAGUUUAUGAUGCGUUUUUAGCAGAGUUUCCUUUGUGUUAUGGUUAUUGGAAAAAGUAUGCGGAUCAUGAGGCACGUCUAGGUUCUAUGGAUAAAGUUGUGGAGGUUUUUGAACGAGCAGUUCAAGGUGUUACCUAUUCAGUUGACAUCUGGUUGCAUUACUGCAUAUUUUCCAUAAGCACAUAUGGAGAUCCAGACACUGUUAGAAGGCUUUUUGAGCGAGGAUUAGCUUAUGUUGGAACAGAUUACCUGUCUUUUCCUCUUUGGGAUAAGUACAUAGAAUAUGAGUACAUGCAGCAGGAGUGGGGCCGCCUUGCCAUGAUCUAUUCACGAAUAUUAGAGAAUCCAAAUCAACAACUGGAUCGGUAUUUCAACAGCUUUAAGGAGUUAGCGGGAAGUCGGCCACUCUCAGAAUUGAGGACUGCUGAAGAAGCUGCAGCUGCAGCAGGUGCACAUUCAGAGGGUGGUGACCAAGUAAAUGGUGAAGAGGUUGGAUCUGAUGUUGCAGAACAGUCUCCUAAACCUGUAAGUGGUGGCUUAACAGAGGCAGAGGAGUUGGAGAAGUAUAUCACCAUUAGAGAAGAGAUGUAUAAGAAAGCUAAAGAGUUCGAUUCUAAGAUCAUUAGUUUUGAAACAGCUAUUAGGAGGCCGUACUUUCAUGUGCGGCCCCUCAAUGUUGCAGAGCUUGAAAAUUGGAACAACUACCUAGACUUUAUAGAAAGGGAAGGCGACUUUAACAAGGUGGUCAAGUUAUAUGAAAGAUGCCUAAUUGCUUGCGCUAAUUAUCCUGAAUACUGGAUUCGAUAUGUUCUUUGUAUGGAAGCCGUUGGAAGUUUGGAUAUUGCCAAUAAUGCUCUUGCUCGUGCAACCCAGGUCUUUGUGAAGAGAAAACCAGAGAUUCACCUUUUUGCUGGUCGGUUCAAAGAGCAGAGUGGGGAUAUACCUGGUGCUCAGGCUGCCUAUCAACUUGUACAUUCUGAAAUUUCACCCGGGCUUCUUGAAGCAAUUGUUAAGCAUGCAAACAUGGAACACCGCUUGGGAAAUGUGGAAGCUGCCUACUCUUUAUACGAACAGGCCAUUGCCAUUGAAAAAGGAAAAGAGCAUUCACAGACAUUACCCAUGUUGUUUGCUCAGUACUCUCGGUUCACAUACCUGGUAUCUUUGAAUGCUGAAAAAGCUAGAGAAAUUGUAGUUGAAGCUCUUGAGCAUGUACAGUUAUCAAAACCACUACUUGAGGCUCUGAUACAUUUUGAGUCAAUUCAGCCAUUGCCAAAGAAAAUUGAUUAUUUAGAUUCGUUGGUUGUGAAGUUCAUAGAGCCCAGCUCAGAAAACCCCAAUUUCGCGAGUGUUACCGACAGAGAAGAGCUAUCUAGUAUCUAUUUGGAGUUUAUUAAUCUCUUUGGAGAUGCACAGUCUAUAAAGAAGGCCGAGGAUCGCCAUGCCAAGCUCUUCUUACCUCAUAGGAGCAGCAUGUCAGAGAAAAAACGUCAAGCUGAGGACUUUUUAUCUUCUGACAAAGUAAAGAUGGCAAAGUCUUACUCUGGCGUUCCUUCGCCUGCCCAGUCUAUCAUGGGAGCAUACCCAAGUGCACAGAGCCAGUGGCCAGCUGGUUAUGGUGUACAGCCGCAAGCUUGGCCACCAGCUACGCAAGCUACACAGGGACAACAGUGGACCCCUGGUUAUACUCAACAGCCAUACAAUGCAUAUGGUGGUUAUGGAAGUGGCUAUGCCAAUCCACAAAUGCCUGCAACGACGCCACAAACUGCUGCUUAUGGUGCUUAUCCCUCUACAUAUCCUGCUCAGCAGGCCUUCCCUCCACAAAGUUACGCACAGCCAACCGUGGCAGUAGCAGCGGCAGCUACAGCACCAGCUCCGCAACCUGCUGCAGUGCCUCAGGCGUAUUAUGGGACUUACUACUGA